AUGCACAUUCCCGAGAUUUCCCUGGAGGACCCGUCUCAUGUAUGUUUUGCAUAUACUCACUCACAAAUUAAUACCAAUGCUGGAUCAAAGAUCAUCCACCCCAUACACGUAUCACUAAACCUUCAAAAUGCGGCCGUUUCAUCAUACACUUUCUCCUCGUUUCUUUACUCUUCUUCCUCCUCCUCCUCCUUCUUUAACCCAUAUAUCGUUGACAUGCUUUCUUUGCUCGUGUCGCAAUCGCUUGUGCGUAAUUCGUUUCCCAAAGCGACAGCACUCUCACCAGUAGCACGAUCCUUUUUCUCGACAACACCUUCUGCCAGCUCCAAUGUUGUCAACAUUACGCUUCCUGAGACGUCGUUUGAAAUGUACAAUUGCGAGCGACCAAGUCUUGAUAUUGAGAUAAGCAGUGACAAGCUUGUCGAAAUGUAUACCAAUAUGAGCAUUACACGACGAUUGGAAAUGACUGCUGAUGCCUUGUACAAGGCCAAAAAGAUCCGUGGCUUUUGCCACUUGGCUACUGGUCAGGAAGCAGUAGCUGUAGGUAUUGAAGCAGCCCUGACACCUCAAGAUCAGCUUAUUACCGCAUACCGUUGCCAUGGAUUCACAUACAUGCGUGGAGGUAGCCUUGUGAGCAUCCUCGCUGAGUUGAUGGGACGUCGUGAUGGUAUUUCCAAGGGCAAAGGUGGAUCUAUGCACAUGUUUGCUCCCGCUUUUUAUGGUGGCAACGGUGUCGUUGGUGCUCAAGUACCACUAGGUGCAGGCAUUGCAUUUGCUCAACAGUACCUUGGUAACAAGACAACGACGUUUGCCUUGUACGGUGAUGGUGCUGCCAACCAAGGUCAAGUCUUUGAGUCCUAUAACAUGGCUAAAUUGUGGGACCUCCCUUGUGUGUUCAUUUGCGAGAAUAACAAGUAUGGCAUGGGUACAGCUGCUAACCGUGCUUCGGCAUCCACUGAAUACCACAAGCGUGCUGGUUACAUCCCUGGCGCUCGCGUUGAUGGCAUGGAUGCCUUGGCAGUCUUCCGUGCAUCCGAAUGGGCCAAGGAAUGGACCAUUUCGGGUAAAGGCCCAUUGGUUAUGGAGUUGACAACUUACCGUUAUGGUGGCCAUUCCAUGUCUGAUCCUGGCACAACUUACCGCACACGUGAUGAAAUCCAACAAAUGCGCUCUACAUCUGAUCCCCUUAUGAACAUGAAGAAGCGUUUGAUUGAUUUGAAUAUUGCCACCGAAGCUGAGAUCAAGGCUAUUGACAAGGAAUCUCGCAAGCUUGUUGACCAAGCAGCCAAAGAGGCUGAAGCAUCCACCGAACCUGAUGUGGGUGAAUUUUGCACCGAAGUAUACGUUAGAGGCACCGAGCCCAAGAGUAUUCGUGGUCGUGUCCCUGAGGAAUCUCACUACUUUUACUAA